AUGGCGGCCAUCUUUCGCCUCCUCAAGAUGCAGUACACUCCUCCCCUUGAUCCUCAAGGUGCGUCCUUCGCUGGUAAGAUCGUCAUUUUGACAGGUGCCACUUCUGGCCUUGGCUUUGAAGCAGCCAUCAAAAUCCUCAAUCUCGGCGUCGAGUUGCUCAUUAUCGGAUCUCGCAGCAUCGAAAAGGGCAACAAGGCCAAAGUUGACCUCGAACGAGCCACGAACCGACGCAACGUAGUCAAAGUGUGGCAGCUCGAGAUGAACAGCUUCCAGAGCGUCAAAGACUUCGCCGAACGCGUCCAUGUCGAGUUGGACCGUGUUGACGUCGCGUUGCUUAACGCUGGACUUUGGAAUCGCGAAUACUAUCAGUCCCCCGAGGGCUGGGAGGAGACCCUACAGGUCAACACCCUGUCGACCUUGAUGUUGGCCAUACUUCUACUUCCUAAGCUAAAGAAAAGCUCCUACGUCGAUAACCCCACCCACCUAACUCUCGUUUCCAGCCAGCAAUUCGUUCGCGUCAAGCCCGCAAGCAUCCAGACCGAUGGCUCGAUCCUCGCUCACGUCAACGACCCGGACAACUUCAACGGUCCCAAGCAGUACGGCAUUUCGAAGCUUCUGCUCGAAAUCGUGAUCAAGAAAAUCGCCAAUAUCGUGUGCAACGACGACGGCACUCACACUCUGGUUGUCAACACUGUCAGCCCCGGACUGUGCAUCUCGGCUUUGGGUCGCAAGUAUUCUCAUUGGUGGGAGAAGUGUAUCGUUUGGGUUAUGCACACGUUUUUCGCCCGUACUACUGAGCAGGGAAGCCGUUCGCUGGUCAGUGCUACCCUCCAGGGCCUCGAAACGCAGGGGAAAUGCUGGCGCAGUGAGGGAUAUCUUGAUGAGUCGACUGCGCUGACUACUAUCCUAGAGGGCGAGGAACUCCAGGAGAAGGCUUGGGAGGAGAUCAUCGCCGUGCUCGAGGAGCAAGCACCGGAGGUGUCCCUCGUCGCUCGUGGCCUGUACCAGGGCGUUUAA